AUGUUAUGUUGAUUCUUAGUAUAAAUCCUCAAAGACAACACCAUAUUCCUUGUCUCUUAUUUGGCCCCAUUACUUCUAUCUCACACCCUUCCUUCAACAAUAAUUCAUGUGUCAAGUGGUUUCUUACAUAUCCUUCUAUCUAUAUAUAUUCAAGGCUACAAGCAUUUAGGACUCAAAUUAUUCACUUCUCAAAGCAUUCAAAGAUUCAAAAGCUUGUUUUGAAGACUUUUCUCAAACCAUUCUCUUCUCAAGUUUCUAACACAUCAAUACAGAUAUGGGUUUUCGUUUACCUGGUAUCAAAAAGGUAUUAUUUGCAGCCAAUCAAGCAUCUUCAAAAGCAGCGGAUGCACCAAAGGGCUACCUUGCAGUCUAUGUUGGAGAGAAAAUGAAGCGGUUCAUGAUCCCUGUGUCAUACUUGAACCAACCUUCCUUCCAAGACUUGUUGAGUCAAGCUGAAGAGGAGUUUGGAUAUGAGCACUUCAUGGGUGGCCUCACAAUUCCUUGCAGCGAAGAUGUCUUCCAACAUAUCACUGCUUGCUUAAAUGGACAAUGAAUCUUACAACUUCGGAGGCUAACACACUAGAAUUGACAAUUUUGUAAAUUAGGCAUCUUCUCAACUUGUACAGAGCUCCCUUUCUCAAGAAAUAGGGAAAUGAAAAAUCAUCAGAUUGAAAAAAACACAA